CCUAACGUACUUAAGCUACAUUUUCAUAUUUUAGUACUAUACUUGUAUUUAUUUUAAUAUAAUAUGUGUACGUGGGCUAAAAUUGUACUAGAAUUAGUAUACUAAUUUUGGUUGGUGGGGCCAUGUUUUGGACAGUAAUAAUUAUGUAAUAAAUUGAAGGUUUAUUUGGGGAGUGUAGUUUUAGUUUCCAGUUUAGUUCUGUGGAGCUCUCUAGGAUUCUGUCUUUGGUUCUGUUUUGUGGGUCGUCAGUUUUUUCUUUGAAAAGUUUGGUAGUGGUUUCACAUUACGUUGUGACUUUCUAUAGGGCUUUGCUGAGGUUUUCUAGAUUCUUUGUGAAAGCAGAUUUCUUGGAUGCUGCAAUUAAGUUGAAGAUAAAGCAGUCUUGCUAAAAGAAAGAAGACAGAUCUGCAGUGAGUCAAAAUUGUACUUUAUGGUGGAGCCAAGGAUGCUCAAACUGUGGCUUGGUAUAAUUAUAUUGUUCAUCACCUGUCUCUCCAUUGCAGCAGGAGCAUUUGUUGGUUUUAACAUUGGCACCGACCUUUCAAACCUACCAUCAGCAACUGAUGUGGUUGCCAUCUUAAAAGCCCAUCAAAUAACUCAUGUCCGCCUAUUUGAUGCUGAUGCUCACAUGUUGACUGCUCUCGCGGAUACUGGUAUUGAGGUCAUGGUUAGCGUCACAAACGAGGAGAUUCUGGGGAUUGGUCAAACUCCAUCUGUGGCAGCGGCCUGGGUGAAUAAGAAUGUUGCUGCUUUCGUUCCCUCAACCAAUAUUACAGCUAUUGCUGUGGGCAGUGAGGUUCUAACUACCAUUCCUAAUGCUGCCCGUAUUUUAGUUCCUGCCAUGAAUUAUCUUCAGAAAGCUUUGGUUGCUUCUAACUUAAAUGAUCAGAUUAAAGUUUCAACCCCACAAUCAAUGGAUGUAAUCCCUAGGCCCUUUCCUCCAUCAACUGCAGCAUUCAAUUCCACAUGGAACUCCACAAUUUUUCAGAUGCUUCAGUUUUUGAAAAAUACUAAUUCCUAUUACAUGUUGAAUGCCUAUCCUUAUUAUGGAUAUGUUAAUACCAACGGCAUCUUUCCAAUUGAUUAUGCUCUUUUCCGACCACUUUCCUCAGUUAAAGAAAUUGUUGAUCCAAAUACCCUUUUGCAUUACGACAGCAUGUUUGAUGCUAUGGUGGAUGCUACCUAUAACUCCAUUGCAGCAUUCAAUAUCUCAGGCAUCCCGGUUGUUGUGACAGAAACUGGCUGGCCAUGGCUUGGCGGUGCCAACGAACAAGAUGCCACAGUAGAAAAUGCUGAAACUUUUAAUAAUAACUUAAUCCGGCGUGUAUCAAAUGACUCUGGUCCUCCUAGUCAGCCAGACAUUCCCAUAAACACUUAUAUCUAUGAAUUGUUCAAUGAGGACAAAAGGCCAGGGCCUAUUUCAGAGAGGAACUGGGGAAUCUUUUUUCCCAAUGGAAGCACGGUAUAUCCAAUUAGUUUAGGUAGUUCAGUUAAUGUCAGUACAAAUUCUUCAGGUGUAUUUUGCAUAGCUAAACAAGAUGCUGAUUCCAAGAAGCUGCAAAAUGGACUUAAUUAUGCUUGUGGACAAGGCCAGGCUAACUGCUCAGCCAUUCAGACAGGGCAGCCUUGUUAUUUCCCUGAUACUUUGCAAAAUCAUGCUUCUUAUGCCUAUAAUGAUUAUUAUCAGAAGAUGCACACCUUUGGUGGAACCUGUGACUUUGAUGGUACAGCAACAACUACAAGUCAAGAUCCAAGCUAUGGAUCCUGUAAAUUUACUGGAAGUUCAAGUACAAGUGGUCGUGGUCUAUUUCCACCUCCAGCAUUGGGACCUGUAGGUCCAUCCUCACAAGGCUCAAGCGUUCGAGCGUUCAGUUUUGGCUUUCUGUUGGUUGUAUUUUUGUCUGUGGUCAUGGCUGAUGUUAGUAUUUCCAUGAGUUUGUAGCAUCAUUAAGCACAGAAAUUGUACUUAGAUGACAAUGCAAGGGAAAAUUUAUCAAUUUUUGAGUGUGUAGAUGAUUGACAUAUUCUUUAUUUUGCACCAUCAAAUUGUUUUUCUAUGUUUAAGUGAUUCAGUUAUACUACAAACCAAGAGUGAAGAGUCUUAGUUUUGCAUCCA